AUGGGCCGCUCGCUCGCCUCGGCCGUCAAGACGACGAGCCGCACGCUGCACGUCGUGAGGCACCUCCAGCAGCUCAUCUUCAACGAGUGGAUGGAGCGGACGGAGCCGCUGCCCCGCUUCACCGGCCCGGACGGCUCGGCCGCCAUCUUUGUCGUCAAGAGCUCGCGCCGCAAGGAGUGGCUGAAGAAGCUGUUUGGCAGCGUGAGCGAGGAGCUGAUGCAGGUGAUUGAGCCGCCGCCCGCCGGUGGCGACGGCGCGGAGGGGGAAGGGGCGCCCGAGAGCCCGGCCGCGGCGGCCAUCAGCGCGGCGCUCAAGUCGCGCAACCCAGUGCGGCGCGCCGCGGCGCGGAGCCUCGCGGGCUACGCGCGCGACGAGUUUGACGUCGUGUGCGAGGUCAAGUCGGACCGGACGAAGCUGCUCGGGCCGGCCGCGCUCGAGCUCGAGGUUGCGGGGAACCACACGCACGUGGCGGCGAUGUGCGUCUCGUACCGCUCGGCCGAGUUCCGAGCUGGCGUCGAGUCCUUCCUCGCGCCGCACGCGCCGCGCGCGCCGCCGGCCCGGGCGAACGCGAUGGCGCAGUGCGUGGCGCCGCUGCGGGGAGUGGCGGAGCGGGUCGACGCGCUCGGGGUUCCGGCGUGGAUCCCGGAGCUGGUGUUUGGCGACCUGAACGCGCUGCGCAGCGGCGUGAAGCGGCAGGGGAUCAACAUGGAGGAUUUUGUCUAGAACGUCAGCGUAUGUGCACGGUGGUGAGAUUGUGUUCAGGAGGAGGGAUGAUUGUGUCAACUGUCAGAUACCAUGGGCAUGUGAUGUGAUGGCAUGAGCGAUGAGGAUUACUCUACGUUGACGGUGUGUUGCCGUGAAGUCGGCGAAUCGUAUCUCUAUAUCUGUGAGAGA